AUGGCCUAUGAGCCUCGUGGUGAUCAUGGUGGCGGUGGACAGGAUGCUUUCGUCAAGGUGAGAGGUAGAAGACCUGUAACUGACUACGGCGCCACCAUCACACAUUGGCAACAUGAUCGUAUCCCCGGUUUCAAGGGAGGAUAUACUGGCGAAGCUGAACGACCCAGCGUCAGCUAUAUCGUUGAUAUGCUCCCUCCUGCAGCCCGAGUCACCAAAGCAGCUGACAGCAUUCCUAUCAAGCACCUUCACUCUUCUCUUAACAAAAUCAAGCAUCCUAUCAACCUAGUCCGAUGGACACCAGAAGGUCGGAGAUUAUUAACAGCGUCGACAAGUGGCGAGUUUACCUUGUGGAACGGUACCGGUUUCAAUUUCGAGACCAUCAUGCAGGCGCACGAUUCCGCUAUUCGUUCUCUAGAGUACUCCCACAGUGACGACUGGCUUAUUUCUGCGGAUCAUGAUGGAGUUAUCAAAUACUGGCAACCAAACUUCAACAAUGUCCAGAGCAUCAACGCACAUACCGAUCCUAUUCGAGAUCUUGCCUUCAGCCCAAGCGACUCCAAGUUUGUCACCGCCAGCGACGACUCUACCCUCAAAAUUUUUGACUUUGCCCUGGGCCAGAUGGAAUCUAAGCUCGAAGGUCACGGAUGGGAUGCCAAAAGUGUGGAUUGGCAUCCAACCAAGGGAUUGCUUGUUUCUGGAUCCAAGGACCAUCUUGUUAAGCUCUGGGACCCCCGUACAAGUCGCUGUUUAACUACUCUGCAUGGUCACAAGAGCACCAUCACCAAGGUGCUUUUCGAAAAGGUCCGCGGAGCCUGUCUAGCAACAUCCGCAAGAGACCAAACCGCCCGUAUCUUCGAUCUGCGCAUGAUGCGUGAUAUCUGCCUCCUAAAAGGUCACGAAAAAGAUAUUUCUACACUUACAUGGCAUCCUAUCCAUCCCAAUCUCCUCAGCACUGGUGGCAUGGAUGGUUCAUUAUUCCAUUACCUCUUAGAUUCUCCGAACCCUCCUCCUGGCCAGUCUUUCACUGUUGCUCCUUACGAUAGCCCCGAUCCGACAUCAGUGGCAGCGCAGUCCAUAUGGCCAAUGCACAAGGUUCCUUUUGCGCACGACUACGCUAUCUGGUCCCUGGAUUGGCAUCCUCUUGGUCAUAUUCUGGCAUCAGGCUCCAACGAUCGUAUAACACGUUUCUGGAGUAGAGCUCGACCAGGUGAUGCCGAUGUUUUCCAAGACCGUUACCAUAUUGGUGAGGCAGCCGCCGAGGCCCAAGGAACAUGGGAUCGCCGCGGUAACCGUCGUCAACGACAGGAAGAGGAACAGCAAGAGAUGGAGGAUGAGAUGGAUGCUUUGGUCGACCAAGAUGCCCCCAAGACCACGGUACCUGGCCUGCCUGGUAUCCCAGGCCUUCCCCUUGGCGGAGGUCUACCCGGACUCGGCUCUGGUGUUCUGCCUCCUCCCAUCCCCGGUGUCGGUGCCGCGGGCGCUCCUCCGCUACCUCUACCAUUCCCCCUACCCGGACUCAAUGGUGGCGUGCCACCGCCGCCUCUGCCUGGCCUGGAUCCCAAUAAUCCUCCAGACCCAGCGCAGCUUCUUGAGCUCAUGAAGAAGGCCGGUGUGCCCCUACCACCCCCGGGAGCUCUACCUCCUGGUCUCCUCCCACCUCCGGGCAGCAUCCCCCCACCGCCAGGAAGCUUCUCCAUCCCGGUACCACCUCCUUUUAUGUCUGCCAUGGACGCCGAGACUGCAGAAAGUCUCCGGCGAAGGGCUCCCCUGCCAAGUCAAGAGGAAAGCCUGCGUCACGAGCAGCGACAAGGAAAAUACACACGUGCAAAGUAG